GCUCCACUCCUUCGACCUCUGCCGCCGCCGCCGCCGCCGCCGCCUCGCGGAAAGAGAGGAAGCAGGAGAGGAGCCCACGUCGCCUGUCACCUACAUCCUCCUGCCGCGCCCCUCGGAAGACUAAAAUGUUCGCCUGCGCCAAGCUCGCCUACACCCCCGCUCUGAUCCGAGCUGGAUCCAGAGUAGCAUACAGACCAAUUUCUGCAGCAGUGUUACCUCGACCAGAGGCUAGGACUGGAGAGGGCUCUACAGUAUUUAAUGGGGCCCAGAAUGGUGUGUGUCAGCUAAUCCGAAGGGAGUUUCAGACCAGUGCAAUCAGCAGAGACAUUGAUACUGCUGCCAAAUUUAUUGGUGCAGGUGCUGCAACAGUAGGCGUGGCUGGUUCUGGGGCUGGUAUUGGAACAGUCUUUGGCAGCCUUAUCAUUGGUUAUGCCAGAAACCCUUCGCUGAAGCAGCAGCUGUUCUCAUAUGCUAUCCUGGGAUUUGCCUUGUCUGAAGCUAUGGGUCUCUUUUGUUUGAUGGUUGCUUUCUUGAUCUUGUUUGCCAUGUAACAGAAAUUACUGCUUGAAAUGUUGGCACUCAUAGUAAUUACGGAUAUAAUUCUGUGUAUUUUACUGUGACUCUGAAAACUGUAGUGUUGGUGUCAUGGAAAUGUACAUUAUUUCCAAAUUCAUUUCAUUAAAGAUGAAAACUUUAAAAAAAAAAA